ACAGGGAUACCAAUGCUGCUAUAAUCUAUACCCGGACCCAAGAAAUAAUAUUUGCAAAGAAUGUCCCUAUGGAACAUAUGGUUGGAACUGUAAACAGAAAUGUGCUUCAGGUUUUUAUGGACGACUGUGUCUGUCUGUUUGUGAGUGUCCCGACACUGAAUGUGACAGAGUCAACGGAUGUAUUGCAGCGCAGCACAUGGCAAGCGUGUCUUUACCACGGCGCUUAACGACCAUGACUACAGGAUUGGAAACAGGGCGACAAACAACAAAUAUGCCUACACAACAGGACUUAACGAGCCACCGGACAUUUAAAGGGCCAGUCCAUGUAACAGGUAGGACAAUGGGUUUUAGUUGAAUAAGCUGCAAAUAAUAUCAGGGUAUAACUGAAAGUGUGUUUCUUAGAU